AUGGGUGAUUAUACAGCGCGAGAAUACGCGAACAUGAUUCUUCCGUACGGCAGAGCUAAUUGCAACGCUAACGAAGCUGCCCGUCUUUAUUGUGGGCAAUCCCUUAGUGCUCGACGUCUUAGCACUCAUGUUAUUCUCGGUGUUUACGCACGCAGUGGAUUAUCGUACGGCACAGUUCAGCGUACGAUAGUAUCUAAAGAACUCCAUGCGUACCAUUACACUCGGGUCGAUGCACUGUAA